CUUCGUCAGAUACACUUUCAUGACCUGCUGCACCACAACACAUCCACCUAUUGAAAGGUGCGGACUGAAUUGAUAUGUUGUUUCUUGAAAAAACUCACGUCGAGCCAUUCAAUCAUUUAACAGUACAUUUGGAGCUGUGCUGUAUGCUGCUAUGGUGAACAACUGGUCAAAGGGCUGUGGACCUGAAAAGACGGGAGAAGACCUGGCUAUGGAGACGAUGAAAAACUUUACAAUGAUUUAUUCGUUCUGUCCUGAACAUGCCACCAACUGCAAUGACACAUCCUGUCUAUUGCCUAUUGACAAUUUUAACCAGUCUAUGAGCCUUAUUUUAAGUACUGUGCUGACAAUCCUGUUGGCAUUGGUGAUGUUUUCCAUGGGUUGUAAUGUUGAAGCCAAAAAGCUUUGGGGCCAUAUUAAGAAACCAUGGGGAAUUUGCGUGGGCUUUCUUUGUCAGUUCGGCAUUAUGCCCCUCACUGCCUUUCUGUUGUCAACGGCCUUUCAAAUACAUCCUGUCCAAGCAGUGGCAGUAUUAAUAAUGGGAUGUUGUCCGGGUGGAACUGGCUCAAACAUUAUGACUUACUGGAUGGAUGGAGACAUGGAUCUUAGCAUAAGUAUGACAACAUGCUCAACAGUACUGGGGAUGGGAAUGAUGCCUCUUUGCCUUUUCAUUUACACUAAAACCUGGGUGGACACAGAUUUCAUCCAGAUCCCUUACGACAGCAUAGGUAUUACUCUUGCAAGCCUGCUAAUUCCUGUUGCUGUUGGGGUUUAUAUGAACUAUAGGUGGCCACAAAAGGCCAAGCUCAUAUUGAAGAUUGGUUCUAUCACUGGAGCAUUUCUCAUAAUUGCUACAGCUGUGACUGGAGCCCUGUUGUACAAAGGUUCCUGGGCAACAUCACCGUCCCUGUGGAUCAUUGGAACAAUCUAUCCAGCUAUUGGAUAUGCACUCGGAUUUAUUUUGGCUCGCAUUGCUGGCCAGCCUUGGUUCAGAUGUCGUACUGUAGCUUUAGAGACUGGCGCACAGAAUACUCAACUCUGCACAACGAUUGUUCAGCUCUCCUUUUCACCUGAACAGCUUGUGCUCAUGUUCACAUUUCCACUGAUCUACAGUGUUUUUCAAAUAGCAUUUGCAGCUAUAAUGAUUGGAUUUUAUCAACUGUACAAACGAUAUGCCAAAAGCACCACGGAUGAUUCUUCAGAGUGUGUAAAUGAUGAGGAGAAAGCUAACACAGCUAAUGCUUUUACAAAUGGAGGAUUUCACGCAGAUGAGAAAUUACCAGGUGAUGUUUUAUCAAACGACACUUCCCAUUUGAAAGAGAAGUGCCAAAAUGGCAUUUUGAAAGGAGGGCGCUCAACGGAAGAGAAGGUAUCAAAUGGUGUCUUGGACACAAGUACCAACCUAUGAAGAUUUUGAUCGUCGUUGAACAUGUUCUUAUUGUCGAGGCCAUUUGGGAUUUACCUUUAUCAAUGUUAAUGGCAGCGUUUUAUUUUCGAAAAGAACUUAAAACAAAACCUGCACACACUAAUCAUCGGUUAUUCACAAAAUGUCCUGUUUUGUGCAACUUCCGUUUCUAAUCUUGCAUGCAAGAGGGAAGAAUAGAGGUGGAAUUACCGCGCACCCCCCCACCCCGCCCUUCCCUACCUCCACCACCAAAAGCAGUAGUUCUCAAACUGUGGUGUGACCCAAACAAUUCAAUGCAGCAAAAGGGUCCUAAUUCCUAAACUAUUGCCAUUCCCAGUCAUGUCUGAGCACUUCCAUUAUUUUCAGAGCAUUAGUAUAACAGCGUAAGAGUCAGAAAAAAGUCAAUCAAAUAAAACUGAGAGUGAGCUUGAAACAGAAAGAAAAGCAGAUGAUAGGGAAAAGACCAGUGAAGAAUAGUGUCUGCCACCUGUACAGAUAUCUGUGCGUGUGUGUGUGCACGUGCGUGUGCCCAUGUGUUUUAAGACACUAGAUAUGAUUCUGCAGGACACUGCCAAAAAACAUGUUCGAGAAUCAUUCAUUAUAGUUAUGAAGACAAAUGCAGUCUCGUCGGCAAUACUUUACCAGAUAGCAGCAGGUGAUUCUAACUGCCUGCUACUUUUUAUAUGUAUUUUCAAAAAUCACACACAGAUAUGAAAACUUAUAAUAAAUAUGCAAAAAUUUGAUAAAUUAUGAAAACAAUGCCCUAUAAUGCCAUUACAUGAUCAUUUCUUGCACUGUAAUUUCUGCAUGUUGGACCAAAUGAUGAAGGAAAUAAAAGUGCUUUGAGGCAAACAGCUACUGAUUUGACAGCAUGUAGCAAGAAAAUGUAAGCUCCCCACUUCUGACAUGAAGGAAGUACAAGGCACUUAUCUAACUUUAGACCAGUACUGAAACAAAACUAUGUUGUCAAGGUUAAUUUUAACGAUGUCAAAACAGUUUGUACACUUUGAAACUGAACAUUUACCUAGGAGAUAUGAUUACAAUCCUGCUUUUUGUUACUCAGCCUCAUGACGUUACAAAAAUGUAAUACUGCAAAGUAAUAAAAUCAAUUUAAAUUGGAGUUGACUGUGCAUGGAAGAGCUGAGUUAUGAUACACUGUGUGCCAGAAUACUAUUUUGAUAAUAGCAAUGAAAAAAUGGCAACAUUCUUGCAAACAUAAUCAAUAAGAAUACAACAAUCAUAAAAAAGGUGAUUUUGGAAACUGAAGCUGAAUUUUAAACUAAAUUAGAUUUUAAAAUCAGGAGAGGUGGUGUUUUCAGGGAUAACACCCAACUUUUGAAAAUGUAACAGAUGAGUAAAACUUAUAACA